CGGGGAAGAGCGGGGCCCGGAAGUGACGCCACCGCCCAGGGAGUGAGUACACCUUGAGUCACCUGGGGAAGAAGCAGUAGGCAGAGCCAGCGAGGCAGGGAGGCAGGCGAAGGAGGCAGAGGCAGAGAGAGAGGGAGGGAGGGAGUCAGGGAGCGAGCGGAAGGCUGCGAGCAAGCAAGCAGGCUGCGGGUCUGGGGCGGACCCGCGAGGCCCCAUGGAGAAGGAGGCUGGCUCCCCGCUGGCCAUGGGGCUGCUCAAGACCUUCGACUCCGGCGAGUUCGUCAGCUGGGAGAAGAUCGGCUCGGGAGGCUUCGGGCAGGUCUACAAAGUCCGCCACGUCCAUUGGAAGACCUGGCUGGCCAUCAAGUGCUCGCCCAGCCCGCAUGUGGACGAGAAGGAGCGCAUGGAACUGUUAGAAGAAGCCAAGAAAAUGGAAAUGGCAAAAUUUCGCUACAUUCUUCCCGUUUAUGGCAUUUGCAAGGCACCUGUGGGCUUGGUCAUGGAAUACAUGGAGACAGGAUCGCUAGAAAAACUGCUGGCCUCAGAACCAUUGCCUUGGGAGCUGCGCUUCCGAAUUAUCCAUGAGACUGCUGUGGGCAUGAACUUUCUGCAUUGCAUGUCUCCACCUCUGCUCCACUUGGACCUUAAGCCAGCAAACAUUCUGCUUGAUGCCCAUUAUCAUGUCAAGAUUUCAGACUUUGGAUUAGCCAAAUGCAAUGGCCUUUCACAUUCUCAUGACCUUAGCAUGGAUGGACUAUGUGGCACCAUUGCAUAUCUCCCUCCAGAACGAAUCAAAGAGAAGAACAGAUACUUCGAUACCAAGCAUGAUGUCUACAGCUUUUCCAUUGUUAUCUGGGGAGUUCUCACACAGAAGAAGCCCUUUUCUGAAGAGAAUAACAUUCUACACAUCAUGGUGAAGGUCGUUAAUGGGCAUCGUCCUGAACUACCUGCUGUUUCCAAAUCCAGACCUCAUGCAUGUAAUAACUUGAUCAAACUGAUGCAAAAGUGCUGGCAAGAUGACCCUAGCAAAAGGCCAACAUUUCAAGAAAUUACAUCUGAAACAGAAGACCUUUGUGAAAAACCAGAAAAUGAUAACAAGGAAGUUAUUGAUCAAGAAGAUUCUAAGACUACUCAAACUUAUCCCAAGGAGAUGCCAGGGCUGUCCCAGCUAAAGCAAGAAGGUCCUGCAUCUGCUAAGGAUUAUAGUCUCUCUGAGUUGUUAUCCCAGUUGGACUCUGGAAUUUCAGAGACAGAACAGCCUGAAGAACUUAGCCGUAGUGCUUCUGAAUCAAGACUUGCUUCAAGCGACAAAAGGCUUUCAGGAGUGUCGUCUGUAGACUCUGCUUUUUCUUCACGAGGUUCCCUGUCACUUUCUUUUGAGAGAGAGAAUUCUGGAAGUGAUAUGGAUUCAACAGAUAUUCAGAAAAGAAAGUUGGCUGAGGCAAUCACUUCUGGAGACACAGGCAAACUGAUGAAGAUCCUUCAGCCUCAGGAUGUUGACCUUGUUUUGGAUGGGAAUUACAGCCUUCUGCAUUUGGCUGUUGAGUCUGGCCAGGAAGAAUGUGCCAAGUGGCUCCUUCUGUAUAAUGCCAACCCCAAUUUGACCAAUAAGAGAGGUUCUACACCCCUCCAUAUAGCUAUAGAAAAAAAGAACAAAAGCAUUGUUGAACUGCUUCUGGCCAGGAAAAUUAACGUGAAUGCUAAGGAUGAAGACCAGUGGACGGCUCUCCAUUUUGCUGCCCAGAAUGGGGAUGAACUGAGCACACGAAUGCUGCUGGAGAAGAAUGCCUUGCUCAAUGAGGUAGACUUUGAAGGAAGGGCUCCCAUUCAUAUUGCCUGCCAACAUGGCCAAGAGAACAUAGUACGCAUCUUCCUGAGAAGAGGGGUUGAUGUGGAUAUCAAGGGAAAGGAUGACUGGGUGCCUUUACAUUAUGCUGCUUGGCAAGGUCACCUGUCCAUUGUGAAGCUCCUGGCCAAGCAGGCGGGGGUCAAUGUGAAUGCACAGACAGUGGAUGGAAGGACCCCCCUGCAUUUGGCAGCCCAGAGAGGUCAUUACCGAGUGGCUCGUAUACUCAUAGAACUGCAAUCAGAUGUCAACAUAAGAAAUGUGUUUUGCCAGACAGCUCUCCACGUAGCUGCUGAAACUGGGCACACCAGUACUUCAAGGCUGCUUCUCAACCGUGGUGCAGACAUAGAAGCAGUGACGGUGGAAGGAUGUACUGCACUCCAUUUGGCAGCACGCAAUGGUCACUUGUCUACCACCAAGUUGUUGAUUGAGGAAGGAGCAAGUGUCAUGACCAAGGGCCCUUUAAACAGGACAGCACUGCACCUUGCUGCUGAAAAUGGACAUGAUGAAGUGGCAAAGGAACUUGUCAACUUGGAAAACAUCAAUGAUCCUGAUGAGGAAGGGUUGACAGCUCUUCAUCUGGCAGCAAGGGGUGGACACACAUGCACAGUGCAGAUUCUGUUAAAGCAUAGGGCCCUUGCUGGCAUGCCAAGCCUUUCAUUUCAGACCCCAUCGCAAAUGGUUGAACAUGAUGGGAACACUGCUGUUGCUGUGAUGCUUCUUAGCAAAACAUAAGGUGUUUCUUUGUGUCCUUAGUGUUGCAUGCAAAGGGGAUGAGGGUUCCCUUGGCAGUUACUGUGGCACACCUGUCUGCUCCACUUUGCAACUAAGUCCAGGCUAUCCUCAAGCAGAAGCUUCUGGUUAAUGAAGCAGUGUAUUCCUGACACAUUGAGGAAGGAUGGGAGCAAGUGUUUGCAUUGCAUUGAGUUCAGUCUAAUGGCUUACUUGCAAAGUAGUGUUGAGCAAGCCAUAUGUUGAGACAGCAGUGACCUUUCCUGGGAAGAAUGCCUUACCCAAUAGUUACUAAGGUUACAUGAGGAGGACCAUUUUUUACAUACUCACACACAAAAGGUUAAGUAGGCCCUUGCUUCUUUCAAUGUAGUCAAUUUCUAAUAUUUCAAACAUUUAAAAAAAAUCAGAUUAAGGAUAGGAGAAAUGUCCUCUGAAUAUUUCUAGACUAUUACUGGAACUUAUUUUUCCCUCGUCCAUGCUGCACAAGUCAACAUGAUCACAGAGAGGAAAUGUAUUAUAGAGAUGGCUGUACUAAAACCAUGUGGAUUGUGAUAGAAAUCUCUCUUUCAUGAUGUAAAGAGGUUAUUGGAAAAAGAAUGUACAAACUACCAAUUUCAAAGCCACACAUUUCAGUCUUCAGUCAGAUGAUUGCUUAUCCCAGGAUUGCAAUAAGAAUUGCAAGCAUCCAAAUGUUAAUUGAAGGGAGUAGUAUUGCAUAGAAAUUAAUUUCUGAUCCACAAUAUCAGCUUGUGUAUAUAUACAGUGUAUAUGUAUAUAAAGCAAUCUGUGUGUGAGUGUGAAGGAAUGAAACGCAAAGGGGUUGGGCUAGGCAAUUAUGUGUACACACACACACAAAGUCUGGAAAAAUAUUUCAUAAAAUGCAAGGAUAGAUAAAAUACUAGUCUGUCAAUUUCUUACAAGUUUUUUUAAUGUGUAAAUUACAUGAACCACAUGUACAGUGCUGCAGUGCCUUCUGAAAGAAUUUGCUGUUUGUUAGACUAAUAUGAAGAUAUACUGUGUAUAUAGUAUUUCAGUCUGUUAUAAUCUUCUUUUUCUACAACAGAAAACUGAGACUAUAGAUCUGGGUAUGUUUUAAUACACCUUUUAUAAUUUGCAUUGUUUUUAAAUGUGAUUGUUUUUCUCAAUAAAAUAAUUCUGUUUCACUUAUCAAA